AUGCAGCCAACACGACACCUCCUGAAGCGAUCCGUGUGGAAAGGACCUCACAUCGUCCCUCUCCCCAUCGUGCGCCCCGCCCCCGGACAGAAGGUUGUGCCCAUCCGGACGCAAGCCCGUUCCGCGACGAUCCUGCCCAACUUUGUCGGCCUCAAGUUCCAGGUCUACAACGGCAAGGCAUACAUUGACGUUACGAUUACGGAAGACAUGGUCGGUCACAAGCUGGGAGAAUUCUCGCCGUACGUUGGAAUCGAUCUUGGAAUAUUGAGGUUCUUGGAGCUAAUUGUUGGCAGGACGAGAAAACCCUUCAUCUGGUCCAGGAUGUAA